GAGACAGCUGCGGCCCCGCCCCCUCCUGAAGACUGGUUAGUUACAUUGUAGCAGUUCCUCUGUCAGCGGUGUGGGGUCCGCAGUGGUGUUGGAGGAGAACUGCACAGGAGCUGACACUUCAAGGACAUUCAUCCUUACUGUAACCUCUGUGCCUCCAUCCAUUAGCAGCUUGCAGGAUGCCUCUGGCUCGCAGCCUGUCAGUCACUUCCCUCACAGGGCUGGAGGACUGGGAAGAUGACCUGGACCUCGACAACACCGUCCUCUUCGAGGUGGCCUGGGAAGUGGCCAAUAAAGUUGGAGGAAUUUAUACGGUUAUACAGACCAAAGCCAAGAUCACCACAGAUGAAUGGGGAGAAAACUACUUCUUGAUUGGCCCCUACUUUGAGCACAAUGUGCGGACUCAGGUUGAGUUGAUUGAGCCACCAAAUCCUGCCAUCAAGCGAACAAUGGAUUCCAUGAAUAGUAAAGGAUGCAAGGUUUACUUUGGCCGCUGGUUGAUUGAAGGUAGUCCAUACGUAGUCCUCAUAGAUAUAGCAGCUACUGCCUGGAGCCUUGACCGCUGGAAGACAGAGUUAUGGGAUAGCUGUGCCGUCGGGAUCCCAUGGUACGACCGGGAAGCAAAUGAUGCCGUUCUGUUUGGCUUCUUGACUGCUUGGUUUCUGGGUGAGUUUGCAGCACAGUGUGGCGAUGAGAAGCCCUUUAUCCUGGCUCACUUCCACGAAUGGUUAGCUGGCAUUGGCCUAUGUAUGAGUCGGAUUCGUAAGCUCCCCGUGGCUACAAUCUUCACUACACAUGCCACACUCCUGGGUCGAUACCUGUGUGCUGGAAGUGUGGACUUCUACAACCAUCUGCAAACGUUUAACGUAGAUAAAGAAGCUGGAGACCGUCAGAUCUAUCACCGAUACUGUAUGGAGCGAGCGGCCGUCCAGUGCAGUCAUGUCUUCACUACUGUCUCUCAGAUUACUGCAAUAGAAGCUGAGCAUCUACUGAAGCGCAAACCAGAUAUAGUAACUCCAAACGGUUUGAAUGUAAAAAAGUUUUCAGCAAUGCACGAGUUUCAGAAUCUGCACGCCCAAAGUAAGAAUCGCAUACAAGAGUUUAUCCGGGGACAUUUUUAUGGACACCUAGACUUUAAUUUGGACAAGACCUUGUUUUUCUUCAUUGCUGGACGCUACGAGUUCUCGAACAAAGGAGCUGACAUUUUUCUGGAGGCCUUGGCAAGGCUCAACUACCUUCUAAGGGUGAAUCAGAGUGAUGUGACUGUAGUGGCAUUUUUCAUCAUGCCUGCACGGACUAAUAAUUUCAAUGUGGAAACCCUGAAAGGUCAAGCUGUACGGAAACAGUUGUGGGAUACAGCCAAUGCAGUGAAAGAGAAGUUUGGAAAGAAAUUGUACGAGUCACUGCUAGUAGGGAAUUUACCUGACAUGAACAAGAUGCUGGAUAAAGAAGAUUUCACUAUGAUGAAGAGAGCCAUUUUUGCUACACAGCGACAGUCAUUCCCUCCAGUCUGCACACACAACAUGCUUGAUGACUCUACUGAUGCAAUCUUAAACACUAUUCGAAGAAUUGGUCUUUUCAACAGUAGUACAGAUCGCAUAAAGGUAAUUUUCCAUCCAGAGUUCCUCUCCUCUACAAGCCCACUUUUACCAUUAGAUUACGAGGAGUUUGUGCGUGGAUGUCAUCUUGGGGUCUUUCCUUCUUACUAUGAGCCCUGGGGGUACACGCCUGCUGAAUGUACUGUGAUGGGGAUUCCCAGUAUUUCUACUAACCUGUCUGGAUUUGGGUGUUUCAUGGAGGAGCACAUCGCCGAUCCCACUGCCUAUGGAAUUUACAUCUUAGACCGGCGUUUCCGCUCGGUGGAUGAUUCCUGCACUCAGCUCACGUCCUUCCUGUACAGCUUCUGCCAACAGACAAGACGCCAGCGCAUCAUUCAGAGAAACCGCACAGAGCGCUUGUCUGACCUCCUUGAUUGGAAGUACCUGGGCAGGUAUUACAUGUAUUCCCGACACAUGGCGCUGGCUAAGGCAUUUCCUGACAACUUUACAUAUGAACCCCAUGAACCCACUGGUACCGCAGGGUUCCGCUAUCCACGUCCAGCAUCUGUGCCGCCCUCGCCUUCCCUGUCCCGCCACUCCAGCCCGCAUCACAGUGAAACAGAAGAUGACGAGAGAUAUGAUGAGGAAGAAGAGGCAGAGAAAGAUCGUCAGAACAUCAAGUCGGCGGCCGUGUCCUCUUUGGGACCAGUUCCUGAGUGGAAUAAACGCUCCAAAAAGGGCUCAAUAGAUGCCAGCAUCUCUAGUAAUGCUAGCAACGCAAGCACUCCCACCAACCCCAGCAGCCCAAGUGACAUUGGCAGCCCUACCAAUUCUCUCAUUGAGGAGAGGAACUAAACUCUCUUUUAACUCUAAAACAAAGGUCAUUACAAAGAUUAUUUGCUGUUGAGAAGAAAUCUAUUACAAGAGGAACUGAUCUGUAAUGUUUCCCUAGGUCUGUAGACUUUUCUAAGCUCCAUCAGGUCAACAGAACACCAGCAUGUUAUUAUUGCAGGCUGGUAAAUGCUUGGUGGGCACAAAAUGCUAUCUGAAGAGUUUUUAAAAGGUGUAAUCCAACUUGGGUACAGAGCUUUCUAAAUACAUUUUUUUCCAUGUUCUUGGUCAAAUAUUAUGUUUGCAGUGGAGCUGUUUUACUUUAGGCUAAAGCUCAAUCUAUUUAGAUUGUGGGAGCGGUAGAAGAUAACUGAUGGGAGACAGUAGUGACCAAGACUUUUGGUUCAGCCAAGCUCUGCCAUUUGUAUUUGGCUAAAGCACUUUUACCUUUUAGUCUCACUCCAGUCCGCCAAGCCCCUCAUAAUUUCUUUCAGACACAACUGAAAGGGUUGUCACCUCCUCAUAGAACAGUUGAGUCAAACAUUAGUAAUGGUAAGUGUACCAGGCUGAAGGCCCUUAUACCCUACCAUAAGUGCAAUAAUAUUGUCUAACUGUGUGCUAUGGUUACCCAGUACUUCUGUAACCAAUUGGUCUAUGCCUACUCUGAUGUCUGUGCCAUUCACCAACUCAGUGUGUUCUUAUAUGGUGUCUUCCAGCAAGCUCUACUGCUCAUGUUUCUUAUGUAACUAGGUCUAACUUGCCUGCUAGUGCUUACAGCGCAGAGCAACCUUUUUGUGAGCACACAAUUAAAAAAAAAAAGGUUAUAGUAAACUAAAAGCAGAAAUAGUCAUAUCACUGCAUCGUAGAGAACAAAUGGGUUUAUUUCAGUCCACAUAAUGCAAGCCAAUAGUGUGUACAAGAAGUUUGAUUAUGAUUUAAAGGGCAAAUCUACCCAGAACAUAUUUAUCAGCUUUGAAAGAAGUAGUGCAAGGCUCCUGCUGUGUCUACAAUGCUGCAGUUCCCACUGUACAGUUGUAACAGGAUGAGAGGCUGGAUUUUAGGCUGUGCUACGGUUCUCACCAGGUGCAGUUUUUUUUCUACACAUUCCUAUGGAGGACCUACUACAGGGCAAAAGUUCUGUAUUAUGUAUCCCACUAAUGGAUUCUCCACAGGAACGUUUUAGAUCUUCUAACAGAAAUAGCUUGGAUGAAAACACAAACUUCCAGCCUGUCAUGACUGUACUGGGGUGAAAGCAUUUCUCCGCAGGAAUCCUGAACAGCAGUGAAGACCAGACAGGCAAUAGAACCAUGGCAAACCGAGUGUUGGGGUUGCUCUUUAAGCUGCUACCAUUACUGUCUCAGGGCAUUGCCUAAAAAUGCAACAUUGAAUGUUAAUGAUUUAAAUCAAAUAGCUGUACAACUUGUAGUUUACCCAUAUGCUGGCAGUCCUGACCUCAUAGUAGAACACAAAGUCGUCGUAAGUUCUGCAGAUCUCAGGUAGGCAGGGUUCCCAUACGACGGCUUUCCCUGGCCAAUUCUCUAAGGUGCUCUGGUCUGCACAGUGCAGUCACAGCUGCUUCUAAAUGGUAUAUAAAAUAGUCUGUUGCCCUCUUCCACACAGUAUGCGUCCACUUAAAUUUCAGACAUUUUGGCAGAAUCUUCCUUGUUUUUUGGAUGUUGUUUUUUUACACUUUGCUUUACCUUUGGUUUCUCAACCAUUUUGUGAUUAAAGAAGAUAGUGUUCUGAUCCCCCUGUUAUGUCUGUGACUGAUCAUCAUGUGGUAGGGCUGUGGAGAGUGAAAUUUCACACAUAAAUAUAUAGUAUUUAAAAAAUAAAAUUUUAAAUUUGAUAUUGAGUGGUCUGUUAUUAUGUAUGUAUUGGGUGAUUGAUGGUGUAUUUCCUCUUGGUAGUUCCGUGAUCUUUAUAGGAAAGCUCCACGCAAGACAACAUAAUGCACUAUUCAGAAUGUAUUAUGGGCAAUAUAAAAAAAUAAGCUUUAUUCACAUUGGCACCGGGACACAUAUAGCAUGAAUGAGCCAUUUUUUUUAUGCGUCUGGAUCUGCAUGCAAGCAGCCUAUGUAACUGAAUGGGGACACAGCGGCUGAAGGGACAAAGGUGCACGUGCCUGAGAGCCAUGCAGGAGGCGGGUGAACAGACCCCCAAAACAAACUGUCUGUGUUCAGCCCAAGCACUCGCCCAUUUUUGGAUUAGUUGGUGGGGGGGUGUUGUCACUGGUCAGGGUUGGGCACUCAAGUGCUUAUUUAGUGGGUUACAUUUUGAUGUGCCAACACUCAAAUAGUGACCCGCUGUACGGUUGGGCUAGCUCUGAAGAAGGGGGCCCAUCCCCUGAAACGCAUAGGCUUGUAUACCAUGUGGCAUUGCAUGAGGAUACCCAAGCUACCUGCUGGAGCUGUGUUAUUUGAAAAGCCUGAUUUUAUCUGUUUGAGUAUAAUAUUGUUGUGUUUUUAAUAAAUGGUUAUGGUG